AUGAAGCUCUCUGCACUGAUCGUGCUGGUUGCGGCUUCUGUUGCGCUGGCAUCGCCGCCCGCGAAUAGCCUGGAGCGCUCCUUCAAAGUCUCUCGGGAUGCAAGCAACGCGAUCCAACAGACUCCAUGCAUCGAAUGUAAAUGCAACGGCUUUGACGGCACCUGCACAUGCAUCCCCAACGGCUGCUGCUGCACAUGA